AUGUCGUUCUAUGACGUCCUGGGACUUCAACAAAAUGCUUCGUUGGAAGAUAUCCGCUUGGCCUUCAAGCAGAGGGCACUUGAGGUCCAUCCGGAUAAAGGCGGCACCAAGGAGGCUUUCCAUCGUGUGUAUCAGGCCUUCGAGACCCUGGUGGCGAGGCAGCGGAGGGAACACCAUGAUGCAUGGCUGGCGUCUUUGAAGGAACCAGCGAGCCGGAACAGGGAGCCUUCCUUCGCGGAGAAGAGGCCGAAGGGCCAAGCGCGGAAGCAGAAGAAGGACGCUGCGAAGACUCGGGCAAGCACGCCGCAAAUGCCUAGACCUCGCCCCUCCAGUCGGUCUCGGCUUUCGAAGAUUCACCGUCUUCUUGGCCGCCUGUCUCGUGAGACGCGCCGGCAGGUGAUCUGCCAGCAUUUCAGCCAGAAACAGCGGCUUCUCUUGGAAAAGUGGAUGUCUUUGAUGCCUGGGCCCGCCGCAGAUGAGACCAGAGACCGUGAAAGUCCUGUGGACCCCUCUGCAACUUUGCCUCAAGAAGCGAUCUUGAACAACGAGUCAAGGCCCAGCGAAGAGCGAUCAGUGGUACGCCUUGCCUUACCUGACCUCCCGGCUAGAAGCCACAUCAAGCCGAAAGCCCGUGGCAGAAGCAAGGUGCGGGGCUUGGGUGCAGAGAAAUAUCCGAGUGGUGUGACUGUGUACAUGGCUUGUAUAGGAAUUGACGGCGUUGUUGUAAGUUCCCGGAAGUGUGACUUGCCGACUGCCUUGGACUACCUGGUUAUUCUCACCACGAUGAAGGAGCGCGUCCAGCUUGGAGAUAACCUUGUGUCCCGCAUGGAGCAGGCGCUUUGCCUGGCUGCUGAGGAGCAAGGGAAAGAGUUGCAGGAGCUGCAGCUAGGCUUCAGCCUCCACAUGCGCCAUGCUUACUGGAUCGGCCGGCAUACCUUGUGCACGCCUCGGUGCCACUCUUUCAAAGUGCUGGCUGACCAUCGACAGCUCCUCGCCCCCUUCUUCCAGCGCAAGAGCGACUGGGUGCACUUUGACCCCCAGGCUUUGCGGAACCAGUGGCUACAGUUCCAGACGCUGUACCUGGACAUCUGCAGUUCACUUGGCAUGCAGCUCACAAAGGUGCGGCAGCGUCUGCAGCGAAUGUACAGGCUCAACUCGAACUACCGGGAAGCCUUCCGCCGGCAUUUGGAGCGGAAAGCUAUGGCCAGGGAGGAUCCGCGCCGUUGGAGAAAGAAGCAGCCCAAGGUCACUUCCCGGCAGAGACGGGCCCACAUCAUAGAGGAGCGGCGCGUCAAGGUGCUGUCGCGACUGCUGCGGGAGUGGCAGUGUGUCAUUGACAAGGACGACGCUCGCUGCAGGCUUAGAUCACAACAGCAUCAUCGGCGGAAGCGCAAGAACGCCGAAGACAGGCAAGUGAACGCUGAUCCAGAAGCCCUUGAUAUCUCCGGAUUCGUAUCUGCUCUUGCAGCUGCCGAGGCAAAGGUCAUCAGCACGUCAUGUGGCUUCCUUGCUUAUUUUCAACAGGUGCUGGCUGCAAAGACGGAGAAGACCUUCAUCAGCUCAUCCUUGGUCGCUUUGCCUGGUUUACGCUCGCGUUUUCGUGACGACGAGAUCAUGAUACUCACUUUCGAUGCCCACAUACUUGGGUCGCCUGCUUACAGCACUGCCCUCGAUGGGUUUGAAGGUCCGGUAGUCGGGUUGGACAAGUCCAUGCACCUCUACGAGGUGAUCUCCCAAGAUUUGGCCCACCUCGACUUCGAACGUGCAGAGGUUGAAAUGGAGCGAUUGGUAGCCACUGCUUUAGACCGCUUUCCUGGUACUAAAGCAAUUUUGCUCGAAUGUACCAACCUUCCGCCGUACAAACAUGUAAUCAGACGGCACUUUGCAGGUGAGAUCCAUGACUGUCUGACCACCCUGGAGGGUGUACACUCUGGACUGGUGAAGGAACGAUUUCUCGCCUGA